AUGGCUAUAGAAAGCGAAACCAAGGGCAUUAGAAUUGCUAUUGACAGGGGCGGUACAUUUUGCGAUUUCUGGGCAAGCAUCCCUGGCCGGGAAAAUGAUUUAAUUUUCAAGUUAUUGUCCAGAAAUCCUGGGGAAUAUGACGAUGCGCCUAUCGAGGGUAUUCGGCAGAUUCUUGAACAGGCUACUGGGCAGACUAUUCCCAGAGGGACACCUUUGGAUAUUACACCGGUCGAGUCGAUACGUAUGGGUACAACAGUUGCUACAAAUGCUCUCUUAGAACGCAAAGGAGAGCGGGUCGCCCUUCUCAUCACAAAAGGUUUCAAAGACCUUCUUGUAAUUGGCAAUCAAGCCCGGCCCAGUAUUUUCGAUCUCUCUGUCUCGAAACUCGACCGUCUAUACGAGAAAGUUAUCGAAGUAGACGAACGUGUCACUAUAGAAGGCUUCGCCGAAGACCCCGAACCUCAACCCAUCGAUAUAGAGUCCGACCCAGCUUUGGUAAAAGGCCUAACUGGAGAAGCGAUCCGCAUUUUACAGAAGCCAGAUCUUAUACAAGUCCGUCAAAACCUUCAAUCGUUAUGGGACGAAGGGUAUCGCACCUUGGCUAUUGCGUUUAUGCAUUCCUUUGCAUUUCCGGAUCAUGAGGCUGCCGUGGCAGCAAUUGCACGGGAAAUCGGUUUCAGAACAUCGGUGUCUUCAGAAUUACAGCCUAUGAUUCGGAUUGUUCCUCGAGCUCAAUCGGCGACCGCAGAUGCUUAUCUAUCCCCAGUUAUUGCACAGUAUAUUGAAGGUUUCCGAUCGGGCUUCAAGGGACGCUUAGAAGAUCAUAACGCCAAGAAAUUACUCUUAUGUCAAUCAGAUGGUGGUCUUACCUCAUUCACCAGAUUUACAGGCUUGCGUGCAAUUCUCUCUGGUCCUGCUGCUGGUGUUAUCGGAUGUGCCCGCACUUGUUAUGAUGAGGAAGAUGCAACGCCCGUGCUUGGCUUCGAUAUGGGAGGAACAAGCACAGAUGUGUCCCGUUAUAGCGGUUCGUUUGAACACGUCUUUGAAACCACCGUCUCACAGGUCGCCCUUCAAAGCCCUCAGCUAGAUGUCCAUACCGUAGCAGCUGGUGGAGGCUCCAUGCUCUUCUGGCGCAAUGGCUUGUUCGUUGCCGGUCCCGAAUCUGCAGGAGCAUAUCCCGGUCCAGCAUGUUACGGCAAAGGAGGACCUCUUACAAUCACCGAUGCCAAUUUCUUUCUUGGCCGUAUUCUGCCGGAUUACUUUGCUCGUCCUCUAGACUUUGAUGUUGUCAAGAAGAAAUUCUUGGAACUCACUGAAGUCGUCAAUGGAGAAAAGAAAGGCACAGAAACCCUAACACCAGAACAGGUCGCUAUGGGCUUCCUUCUUGUUGCGAAUGCAUCUAUGACACGUCCUAUUCGCGCUUUGAGCGAGGGCCGUGGUUAUGAGACCGCCGCUCAUAAUCUAGUAUGCUUUGGUGGUGCCGGCGGACAGCAUGCAACUGCAAUUGCGCGUAAUCUCGGCAUCAAGCGAGUACUGAUUCAUCGUUUCUCCAGUAUCCUAUCAGCCUAUGGAAUGGCUCUGGCAGAUGUUGUUGUCGAGCUCCAAGAGCCCGAGUCUGGCGCUUACAACGAGGAUUCCGCUCCUCGUAUCGAGAAGCGAGCUGAUGCGCUCCGACAACGAAGUACCAAGCAACUCAUUGAGGAAGGCUUUGCUGAAACUCAGAUUUCACAUGAAUUGUUCCUCAACAUGCGAUACCGUGGCAGUGAUACUUCACUUAUGAUUUCCGAGUCUGAUGCCUCCACCUUUUCCGAGGGGUUCAUUGCUCGUCACAAGCGCGAGUUUGGCUUUACUCAACCACGCGAGAUCCUAGUUGAUGACGUGCGUCUCCGAUCCGUUGGCAAAGCUGUGGACGUCAAGAUCAAGAGUCCAUUCAAGCAAUUGAAAGAAAUCAAUCGUUCAUCUCAACAAGAUCUAAAACCAGCUCUGGUUCGAAAAGUAUAUUUUGAAAAAGAGGGAUGGACAGACUCGCGUAUCUUCCAUCUACAAGAUGUACCUAAGGGAAGCGUUAUACUUGGACCAGCUAUGAUCAUUGAUGCAACUCAGACCAUCGUCGUCGACCCUGCUAGCGAGGCGACUGUUUUGGAUGAACACGUUGUCAUUGAUCUACUUGAUGCUGAGAUGAAGAAAAUAUCCGCAGAUGAGGUUGAUCCUAUUCAACUAUCUGUGUUCAGUCAUCGCUUCAUGAGCGUUGCUGAGCAGACGGGCGAGACUCUCCGAAAGACGUCGAUUUCCACCAACAUCAAGGAGCGUCUUGACUAUAGUUGUGCAGUCUUUUCGGCAGACGGUCAAUUGGUCGCCAAUGCACCCCAUAUACCUGCUCAUCUAGGAUCAAUGUCAUACGCCAUCGCAUAUCAGGCAAAACGGUACACCAAAGGGGAACUGAAACCCGGCGAUGUCAUCCUAUCAAAUCAUCCUAUUGCCGGCGGUACUCAUCUUCCAGACUUGACUGUUACAACACCUGUUUUCGAUGAGAAUGAUCCUACAAAGAUUCUCUUCUUUGUCGCAAACCGUGGCCAUCAUGCCGAUAUUGGUGGUAUCGCUGCGGGAAGUAUGCCACCCAAUUCGACUGAAUUAUGGCAGGAAGGUGCCGCCAUCGAGUCAUUCAAACUGGUGAAAGAGGGCGUCUUUGAUGAAGAAGGCGUUACACAUCUUCUCUAUGAGGUUCCGGCUCAAUAUCCCAGCUGUAGUGGUACAAGAACAUUGAACGAUAAUAUCUCCGAUCUCAAGGCAGGAAUUGCGGCAAAUAACAAGGGUAUCCAUCUGAUCCAGGGGCUUGUGCGCGAAUACAGCUGGCCCGUCGUCGACCUUUAUAUGCGUGCAGUUCAAAAGAAUGCCGAAGAUACCGUUCGUGGACUACUCAAAGACUUUAGUCGUCGGUUCCAGGGCCAACCUCUCGAAGCAGUUGAUUACAUGGAUGACGGAACCCCGUUAGCACUGAAAAUCACCAUCGAUCCAACCGACGGAUCCGCCAAAUUCGACUUUACAGGCACCGGUCCCGAAGCGCUAAACAAUCUGAACAGUCCACCAGCAGUAAUGUACAGCGGUAUUAUGUACUGUCUCCGAUCCAUGAUAUCCACCGACAUCCCCCUGAACCAAGGCUGCCUAGCACCCAUCAACGUCGUCUGCCCACCCAACACAAUCCUCUCCCCAAGCAUGAAAGCCGCAACGGUAGGAUCAAACGUUGAGACAGCACAGCGCAUUAUCGACGUUAUCCUCAAGGCAUUCCGAGUCAUGGGUGCUAGCCAAGGAACAUGCAACAACCUCACUUUCGGCUACGGUGGCAAGGACCCCGUUACUGGCGCUGUGACUAAGGGAUUCGGAUACUACGAAACCAUCGCCGGUGGUGCAGGUGCAGGCGCAAAUUGGGAGGGUCAAUCUGGUGUUCAUACAGGCAGUACAAAUACACGUAUGACUGACCCGGAGACCUUUGAGAAGCGUUACCCCGUGCUUCUGCGCGAAUUUAGUAUCCGCAAGGGCAGUGGUGGCGCAGGCCGAAAUCGGGGUGGUGAUGGCUGUAUUCGCGACAUCGAAUUACGACGUCCAUUACAAGUAAGCAUCUUGUCCGAGAGAAGAGUUGUGGCGCCGUAUGGUAUGGCUGGCGGCGAGGACGGAAAGAGAGGUGUGAAUAUGUGGAUUCGGAAGGAUCCUAUUGAUGGAUCUGUGCGGACUAUAUCUGUUGGAGCCAAGGCAUCUAUGGCGAUGAAUACGGGUGAUAGGUUUAUUGUACAGACUCCUGGUGGUGGUGGUUAUGGUGUACCGGUGCAUAAGAAGCAGGCUGUUGAGGUUUUAGAUGAGUUUGUUGUUAAACGUGCUGUUAUGUAG